AAUGUUAAAACGGCUUGCCAUGCACGUUUUCCUUAGAGACCAAGAGUUCGAAUGAUCACGAUGCAAUUUUCUGCAACAUAAUAUUGUAACUCUUGAUUGUUCCAUCAAAGCUCAUAGAACGUGUGACGUCACCGCGCGAUUUCUGGUCAACAGCUCAGUUGUUGUGGGGCGACCGCGGGAAAAUAGUCCACGUAAUACAUCGGCUAGUUCCAGGGAGGGACUCUGGACUUGCUUGGGAUCGUCGGGAGCACAUUUCACAGAAUACACCGGGAAUAUAUUCACAAUAAUUCUUCAGAAAUAACACAAGACGCGUUGGGGCGAAAUAGAGGAGCUUUCGAUCUAGGACAGUUUACGAGGGGCAGGAAAAUGGAGUUGGAUGACGGAGUUGUGUACCAGGACGACCCGGGGACGUCAGCGAUAAUGUCGGAGCGCGUCUCGGGCCUGGCCAACUCCAUCUACCGUGAAUUCGAGAGACUCAUCCGCAAAUAUGACGAGGACGUGGUAAAAGAGCUCAUGCCGCUGGUCGUGGCGGUACUGGAGAACCUGGACACUGUGUUCGCCGAGAACCAGGAGCACGAAGUGGAGCUCGAGCUCCUCAAGGAGGACAACGAGCAGCUGAUCACUCAGUAUGAACGCGAGAAAGCGCUGAGGAAACACGCAGAAGAGAGGUUCAUUGAAUUGGAAGAUUCUCAGGAACAGGAGAAGAAAGAUUUGCAGAAUCAUCUGGAGAGUUUGGGGUCACAUUCCCGUCAACUGGAGCUGAAGAUCAAGAACUAUGCUGACCAGAUAAGUCGAUUAGAGGAGCGAGAGGCUGAACUCAAGAGAGAAUAUAAUUCCCUUCACCUGCGUCACACAGAGAUGAUCCAAAACUACAUGGAACAUGUAGAACACAUCAUGCUGCAGCAGACAGGAGGAGAGACCUCUCACACAGGAACAAUGGGCAGAGUUCGUAAAGAGCGUCCCCUGUCUCUGGGAAUCUUCCCCAUGUCUGGUGGAGGCAGUUCAUUGACGUCUGAUGUCCAGGGCAGAGCAGACAUUCCUGGGAUGGAAGGAUGGAGAUUUAACCAUCUCACUCAUCAACGCUCCAACGCCAGCCUCAAGCAGUUGGAGCCGGAGGACACUCCAAAGAAAAGGGAGGGUAAGGAUGUUCUGGAAGCUUGGGAUUCGCUGCCAAACGACUGCAAGGAUGAGCUGUCUGACCUCAGCCAAGGGGGCUCAAAGUCUAUCACGCCAAUGUCCACCACGGCCUCGGAUCUGGCCCUGGACUCCCACAGAGAGGAUGGAGAUGGAUUCUGGAAGAGCACAGAGGUUCAGGCUGUUCCCGGUUCCAGGAGCGUCUCUGCGGGUCUGGGUGAUAAUGAAGAGAAGUCAGAUGUUCAGGCGAUUAUUGAGUCCACACCAGAGCUGGACAUGGAUCUCAGUGGAUACAAAGGAGCAAGUACUCCGACCCGAGGUAUUGAGAACAUGGCGUUUGACCGGAACACAGAAUCUCUGUUUGAAGAGGUGUCGUCAGCGGGCUCGGGUUUGAUUGGAGAUGUAGACGAGGGAGCAGAUCUGUUGGUGGAGUACUCCGGCAUGAGUCGAGAGGUGGAGAACCUCAUUCAGGAAAACGUGCAGUUGUUAGAGACAAAAAAUGCCCUGAACGUGGUGAAGAACGAUCUGAUUGCUCGUGUGGAUGAGCUCUCAUGUGAGAAGGAGGUUCUUGAGGGAGAACUGGAUGCCGUUCUGCAGACAAAAGCCAAACUGGAGGAGAAGAACAAAGAGCUGGAGGAAGAACUCAAAAAACUGAAAGCAGAGUCAGAGGUGCCUAAACAGAAUAAUAAUAAAGACGAAGAUGAGAGUGAUGUGCCCACAGCUCAGAGGAGAAGGUUCACACGGGUGGAGAUGGCUCGCGUUUUGAUGGAGAGAAACCAGUACAAAGAGAGACUGAUGGAGCUGCAGGAGGCCGUCAGGUGGACUGAGAUGAUCAGAGCUUCAAGGGAAAACUCUGAAGUUGCCGAGAAGAAGAGGUCAAGCAUCAGGCAGUUCUUCAGCCGUCUAUUUAGUUCCUCCAGUUCUUCUACGUCGAGCAACACAGCGAGGGCUCUGCCGUCCAACGUGAAGUACAAUCCGCCCAGCAUCAUGAAGAAGAGCAACACCUUCUCCCAGUUCCCCAGAGAAAAGUCCAAAGCAUUCGACUUCCUCCAAGAAGAGGUUGACUCAAGUGGUUCUCUGUCCCGUCGCGAGCAGAAGCGUGCUCAGUACCAGCAUGUGAAGGCCCAUGUGCAGAAGGAGGACGGCAGGGUGACCGCUCAUGGCUGGAGCCUCCCGGGCAAAUACAAGGCAGAAGUCUAUACAUACCAAACUCUAAAUCCAAAAGCAAUGAAUGUUGCCAAUGGUGGCUAUGCAGAGAACAAAAUGAACUUACCAGUUCCUGUGUGCCUCAAGCCAUUGGAAAAGAAAGAUGCUUCUAUGAAGCUCUUGUGUGCAGCUGGAGUGAAUCUCUCAGGUGGAUGGCCAAGUGAGGGAAGCUCUGGGGUUAGUGGUGAGGAGUCUGUGGUGGAUACAGACGCCUCCAAGCAGAAGAAAGGAUCUCAGAGUAGCCUGGACAAGCUGAAACAGGAACCUAAGGAUCAUGAGAAGGAGCAGACAGUGCAGGUGGAGAUGUCCAGUCAGGUUUGGAUCUGUACGAGCACUUACUCCUCCACUAAAGUGAUGAUCAUGGAUGUGACGCAGCCCUCUGACCUGCUGGACAGCUUCUAUGUCUGUAACUCAUGUGUGCUGUGUAUCGCCAGUAUACCAGGUGUUUUGGAGACAGACUAUCUCGCAGGGGAAGAGAUUCCUCAGGAUGUGGAGGCAGGGCCAGACAAUUUAUUGGCCAGUCACAGCUCACAGGGCAGUGAGGGAGUGUUGAGUGACGUGUCAGUGGUUGGCUGCAGUGCUGAAGAGUCCAGCUCAGGAUCUCAGACGGGCAGCACAGGAGCCAAUGAACAAUCAGCAGAACAAAGUCCUGUCAAAGGCAGUGUAGACCUCUCCAGAGCACCCAGUGAAGAUGAAGUCACUGCAGCAGAGGAAGCCAUGGAGGCCACCGAGGAAGACCAGGAGAGCCCGGGACAGGACACCAGUCAGCCAGGAAUCUACACAGAACACGUGUUCACUGACCCACUGGGAACAGAGUCUUCUGGAGCUUCAACCGGCAAUAACCAGAGGGAGUCAGAUCAGGACAGGGAUAAUGUGCCAUCUACAGGCGACAAAGCAGAUCUGGCGAGAGAGGAGACCCAGCGUAUGAGCAGUGCACUCCCUACCAUGUGGCUGGGGGCCCAGAAUGGCUGUUUAUAUGUGCACUCAUCUGUUGCUCGGUGGAGAAAGUGUCUCCAUGCUGUCAAGCUGAAGGAUUCAAUCUUAAAUAUUGUACACGUGAGGGGACGUGUUUUAGUGGCUCUUGCUGAAGGUACACUGGCCAUCUUUCACAGAGGGCUUGACAGCCAAUGGGAUUUAACCAACUACCACCUCCUGGACCUCGGCCGACCACAUCACGCUAUCCGCUGCAUGACUGUUGUGCAUGAUAAAGUAUGGUGCGGCUACAGGAAUAAGAUCUAUGUGAUCCAGCCAAAAGCCAUGAAAAUAGAGAAGUCUUUUGACGCCCACCCGCGUAAGGAGAGCCAGGUACGUCAGCUGGCCUGGGUGGGCGAUGGUAUCUGGGUCUCCAUCCGUCUAGACUCCACCCUCCGUCUCUUCCACGCUCACACCUUCCAGCAUCUGCAAGACGUUGACAUUGAGCCUUACGUCAGCAAAAUGCUGGGUACAGGAAAACUUGGCUUCUCCUUUGUGAGGAUCACAGCCCUAAAGGUGUCCUGUAACCGGCUUUGGGUGGGAACAGGAAAUGGUGUAAUCAUCUCCAUCCCAUUGUCAGACUCUGUGGGUCAGUGUGGAUUUUUAGGUCAGAGGGCAGCUCAUAAGACUGUCGGAGCUAUCGCUUGUCGUCCAGGUGGGGCAGUAAAAGUGUAUGGCAAUGAAACCGUGGAUGGUGCGAUGACAGGCUCGUACGUACCGUACUGCUCCAUGGCACAUGCUCAGCUCUGCUUCCACGGCCACAGGGAUGCUGUUAAAUUCUUUGUUACUGUUCCAGGUCAGGUAAUUGUGCCAGGAGCUGCAGGAUCUGAUGGUGUGAUUGAAAACUCAGAUGCUUCAGCUUCAGACAGCAAGAACAUGCUCAUUAUGAGCGGAGGAGAAGGCUACAUUGACUUCAGAAUCGGUGAUGAUGAUGAUGGUGGUUUGGGCCGAGAUGAAGAUGAGGACUCUGUGGAACCCACUUUGAAACUGCAGUCGGCCCCUGCCAAAUCUGAGCGCAGUUAUGUUAUAGUCUGGCAGGUGGCAGUAGGCAGUGAGUGACUGACAAAUCACUGCUGCGAGUUUAAUUGAGAACUCUACAUCUAGGUCAACCUAACUUGGGCUUAUUAUUUUACAAAAGACUGUUCUUCUUAUGAAUACAGAUAUGAUUAAUAGUGUUGUUUUUUUAACACCUACAUGACUUCUUUAAUCUUAGUGUUUAAAUGUUUAUUUAUUUGUUUUGUUUUAAAUGAAUAUGGCAUUUAUCCAUGAUGUGACUCAGUGAAAAGAAAUCAGAAGGAAAAUGAAGGAACAAAAUGAUGACUUGAAGGACAACACAAAGUCCGUCCACAACUGUAUCGCAAAUGUCACUGUUUCUGUGUUAAAAAGUCUUGAAAAUCCUGUUCUAACAUUUAAGGCUUGGCCAAGUGUGUCAUUACUUAAAGGUGAAGUGCGUAAUUUCUGCAUUGCUUGCGUCACCAAACGGAAAAUACCACCCCAAACCCUUGCCAUUGUUUGAGCCAAUGUUGCUGUGUCAGGCCGGUCAGGAUAUGCAUACAAACAAAGCAACAUUUUAAUAGCAUUUUAAUAAUGUUUACUAUUCUUUUAAUGGCUUACUUUAGUUGUCUCUCCAUAUUAUGCUGACAAAUUACACACGUCACCUUUAACUGUAAUGUUUUCUUUUUUAGCUGCUUCACAGUAUUAUGAUUAUUUAUAUAUUUUCUUAUAUUGAUCAGCGAAAGAUGGUGAUAUUUCUCUGGAGCUCUGCAUUUGUGCACUAUGGCAGUGGUAGCAUUGUGUAGUUCUUGUAUAUAGAAACUCAGAGAGCUAUUUUUGCUAUCUGUACGGCAUAGAUAUUGUGAGCGGUGUCUCAGCACCUUAAGGCAUGGCGUGUGCAUCUGUAUGCGUGUUCCUAGCGUGAUUUCUCGCCUGCAUGAGUCUUGUAUCAUUCCUAAAUGGAGCUCUGGAGCUUUCGAGUCUAAAAUAUGUUGUUAGCAUUGGGCUUCCCUCAUGUUAGAGCUUGCUGGCACUUUAAAGACAGUAACAAACAUAGACAAACUUUAAAAUGAGCUAACUUCCGGAAAGAACAGCAUAUGAUAGCAUUUAUUUCGAGAGGGUCUCCCCUUUUACCAAAGGAUGAAAUGUAGAACAAAUACUAAACAGCCUAAUUUUAUGUAACGCUCAUAUUUUGUGUUGCCAAGGCUAUUUGAUGUUAUGUACUUAUUUUAAAUGGGCAAAAAUGGAUGAAAUAUAAAAAAAAAAAAAAAAAAAAGACAGGGAUUUUAGAAAUUGUGUGUUUACCUGUGUCAAAUAUUAUUAUUUUUUUUAUUUUGUUUUUUGCUUCAGCACUUAGCAUCUAAUUAAUGUCAGUCUUGUCUAAAGUUUGUUUACCUGUGUUCCUGGGUUCGAGUGUGUACAGUAUCUACAGUGGCCCCUAAAAGUAUUUGGACACUUUAGCCAUGUUUCAAAAUGCAUGAAUGUCAUUGCAUUAGAUAACACAAUAUCAAACCCAUUGGCAUCUAAAAAUGAUGCUAGACCUUUUUUUAGAACUGUUUUUGUUUUCAUUUUCGAGUCAUUUUUGCAAUUACUUCUAACCAAUUCAAGGUGAUUUCAACCUGUUCACACAGGUAAAACAAAUAAAAAAACAAGUGUAGUUUAUUACCUUAACUGCAGACAUGUUCCAGUAACGCAGUAGUUCUCAAUUCUUAUGGUUCACGCCCCCCCUUUGAAACAAGAAAAACUUUCGUGCCCCCCCAAAUAAUCGAAUUGAAAAUGAUUAAUCACAAUUGAUCACAUUUUUACCGAAGGAAAAACAAAAUGCUUUCUGCAUUGAUUUAACUACAUUUACUUUCAUCUUUCUGUUGGGACAAACCGUUUUAUUUAAAAAUACGAUUAAAACUGAACAGUAAGUUACAAUGUUCACUAAAAAAGGAUCUAAAUGAUGAACUUUUGUCACUAGGUUGUUCUGUUAAUUUGUGCAUACUUUGUGUUACAUAAAUACAUAAAAAAUAUAAUUAUGGCUAUAUACUUUCAAAACAUCAAUAAAAAAAAAAAAAGAGUGAUACUGCUGCAGGAGCAACCCCUGUGCAUGAACUCUAUCAGCAAAUGACUGUAUUACAUGAGACAGGGAGCGCUUAGCCACUCAGAAAACCGAAUCCUCCAGUCAUCCGCAUUUAACUAUCAGAAUGUUUAAUAUCUAAUUGGAGACAUUUUUACACUUGAUAGUUAUUUUAAUAAAAACCAAUAAUUUCAAGGAUUCAGACAUGUGAAUGAAAAUAAGCCUCAGCAGUCUCUAUAAAAUCAUUUUAAAAAUUCCCAUCCAGUAAUAAUAAACUACUGUGACUGGCCCAUCCUGGCCUGCAUUGAAAAAAGUAAAAAGUAUCGCAAGACAGUGACAUCUACGUGCUAUCAGGACCUCUGGACAAUAAUUUACACUUAAUGAUACUGAAAAACUUUAACAACCACUGAAAUAAAAACUGACCUUUCUGCCAUCAUUUACUCACCCUCGUCAUUCAAAAGGAUAUGAGUAUCAUGUUUAUGGCUGUUUAUUUGUAUUAAUUUUAAAUGGUGUGUAUAUAUAUUGUUUUAUACAUUUUAAACCUUAAUCUUGUGACAUGUUUUGCUUGAAAGUGUCCCAUCUAUUUACAGUAAAUGCCAUUUCGUUUGAUAUUUAAUGCAAAGACAUUCAGACAUUUUUAAGUGUGACUUAAGUGUCUAAAUACUUUUUGGAGCCACUAUAUUCUCAGUUUUCUAAUUGUAAUCAGAGUUUGGCACUCAUUUUUGUAUUUGAUCUGUAAGACACUUUUAUCUGUACCUUGAUGUCUUGUUGAAACAAAUGCAGCAAAGGCUAAUGUUGGACUUUUUAUGUGUAAAGGGGUUGGAUUAGGACUUUUUUUUUUUUUUAUUCUGACACAUAAAGGGAAAUCAUUGUUGCCAUUCCAGUAUUUAUUUUUCAUAAUGAACUUUUUGGUUCAGAAUGUAACUUUUUACAUGUUUGUGAACAAGAACAAUAUUGUUUCUUUUAAAUCAGACACCUUUAAGAAGCGAAUAUCUGUCUUUUUUCAUGUUGAAGGAAUUUGACUAAUAAUGUUGACAGUAUUAGACAGCUUAUGAAAUAUAACCUCUGUGGAUCUUUUGGAAAUCAACACAUUCAUUGUAUGAAGCUAUGCAUGUUUUUUUUUUUUUUUUUUUUUUUUUUUUUUUACAGUGCACUGCAGUUUGUUCGUUAAAAUGUCUGUUAACUGCCACCUUUUUGGGUGGUUGUUUCUAUGUAUGUAUGUGUGCACAUCUGAUUGUAAAAUGUUACUGGAUUUGUGUGCGUGGAUGAGCGUGUGCAGUUGCUAUUUCCCUUAAAAUCUUACUGGACUCGCUGUGCGUGCCACAACUUGUAAUUACUGUUUUUUUCUUGUCAAAAGUUUGCUCAAACUGCAUCAUAGCCUUAUUUUUAAACUCUAUUAAACUCAAUUUCAUGGGGAAUUUACCUUUGUUGGUUUUAUU